AUGCAAAAUGAGAAAUGUGGAAAUAAAGCAACAUGGACAGUAAUAUUUGAGGACUCAGUGGACAGGGAUGCCCUUCAAUCUCUAAAUCCGCUGCCAUCCCCUCCACCAGCACCAUCUUUCACUGUUGUGCAGAGAAUGCAACGUGUUGUUUGUCUCAUCCUUGAUGUCUCAGGAAGCAUGCAAGGCUCUAGGAUUCUUCGACAGCGGCAAACCACCACACAUUUCAUACGACGCAUCAUUGAAGAUCGAGGCAAAGUGGGAAUCGUAACCUUCAGUACUUCUGCUUCAACUCUUAAAGGCUUGACUCUUAUUGACAGUGAGACCACAAGAGAGAAUCUCAUCAAAUUAUUGCCAACACAAGCAGGUGGAUCUACAAACGUCUGUACUGGCCUCAAUAAAGCCUUAGAGGUGCUUUAAGCAGAUAAUAAGGAUUCAUUAGGAGAUGCAAUUAUUUUUCUCACUCAUGGUGAGUCAUCAGACAACAUCAAUAACCCUUUAUUCGGGAGGGGCAAAAACCGCAGCUGGAGAGUUAGGGAAAUAGAACAGCUGACUGGUUCAAUGGAACAGUGUCAGUGGAUCAGACUGUUGACUGGAGACUGGAAGUACAGUAUUCUGAGCGGAGGACUUCAGUCUUUGACUAUAACAGUAACCAGUCAAGCAGCUCGCUCUGAUGUUCCUCCUAUCAUUGUCAAAGCCCAUGUGAAUCAGCAGCUCAUCGAUGGCAGUAAACCCGUGAUUGUGUUUGCUGAGGUGAGUCAGAAUUACAGACCUGUAAUAAAUGCUGAAGUGAAGGCCACACUGGAGCCAGAAAUUGGGAUAUCAGAACAAUUAGAGCUACUGGAUAUUGGAGCAGGAGCUGAUGCUUUCAAAGAUGAUGGGAUCUAUUCCAGAUAUUUCACAAAGUUAAUAAAAGGCAGAAUCAGCUUGAAAGUGAGAGUGAAGAAUAAAGACGGACAAUCCAGAUUUACUCUGAAAUCCAGGAGAACACUGUACUUCUCAUCUGGACGGCUCCUGGUAAAGACUUUGACCAGGGAACAGUUGUAG